AGGCGCCGUCCAGUCGGAAAACAAGCCGCUGCAGCGUUCGUACGCGAGGGUGAGACGCGCGCGCGCGUUUAUUGCAACGAAAAAGCCGUAAAAAAGUAGACGAGAUAAAAAGCGCGUUCGCGUUCUUCGUGUGUAUCCGCGAAUACACAAACGCCCGUAGGCUGUAGUGCGCGAACACGACCGUCCGUGACAGAUUCCCGGCAAUACUGACGUCGCGAUUGACACAUUGUGUGUUUAUUGGAACGAGACCAAAAGCGCGCGCGUGCACCGUACAUAUAGGUAUAUACACACUCGAGAGAGGAUUUCGCAUAGCUGUGGUAGUGAAAAACACUGAGCUGACAUGUCGGGGGAAAACUGCCUGGUCUGCGCAAGUGACGAGGGUAUCUUCCUGGACGUCGUCGAGCAGCCGACGCUGACGACCAAGGCCCAGAAUUGCCGUUUGGAGAAGGUCACUGAUAAGGCCCAAUCGACAAAAGUCUGUCACAAAUGUGCAUUUGAAAUCGAGCAAUGCCAUAACUUCGUUGAAAAAGUCAAGUCAACUACCGGCACGCCAACUCCCAAGAGGGAUUGCUGCGUUUUGUGCUUUGAUCCAUAUGACAAGGACACAUUCUUUGAUCUAUCGAAGCAGAAAUUUGGCGUAAAUGAUUUCGUACAGAGGAUACAUGACCUUUUUACAGACGAAUUCAAAAAUAAACAACUACAGAAACUAUUGAUCUGCCUGUCCUGUCGAUACUGCAUUGAUUUACUGACAGAUUUGAGGAAUUUAUCUCAAGAGGUACCUCCCAAAUUAAGAACCAUAAUAAAAAAUGGCAUUAAUCCAGCUGAUCUCCCAAAGACUAAAACAUCAAUAGUAAGUCGCAAAACAACUUACAUCCAAUCCUCUAAUUUGGAUUUAAAUACUCCGUCGGACACAGACAGCGAGUCCUCCAGCAUCAUGGCCAGUAAGAAGAAAACAACUAGGAAUAACAGAUCACCUGUCGCAAAGACACAGCAAAAAUGUGAAAAAUGCAAGAUAGCAAUCAAUGGUUUGGAUUUUUACAAAAUACAUAAAACAAGAUCUACAGUUUGUAAAACAUGUUGGCUUUCUACAGACCUUAGCAAGACACCAACUAAAUCUAAGUCUAAGAAGCGUAAAAAGGUUAUAUACCCUGAAACAAGUCUGUGCUCUGUACUGUUAAACGAUGUACUGCAAUCUAGUUAUAACGAUAACAAGGAAUUCAAAAUUGAAAAAGAUAGUGAAGGUAAUACUUUGUUCAAAGUAAAUAAUCACAGUGGAUGUGAAAACAUGACUGAAGUUGAAAUCCAUUAUCCAAAACCAACUUUAGUAGAGAGUCAAAAAAAUGAAAGGAUCUCAAGUACAGAAGAGAACAAAGAAAUCAAACAGAUCAAAUCUUCCAGGGCUAAUAACAGAAGAAGAAAGGAAUCUGAGGAAAGUAUUCAGGAGGUGCCUGAAAUAAAAUCAACAAGAAACAGACAGCGUAAAGAAUCAGAGCAAAGUAUUCAAGAAGUAUCUGAAGUACAAUCUACAAGACAGCGAAGAGAUUCAGAGCAAAGUCAUCAGGAAGAGUCUGAAGUAAAAUCGAUCAGAUCGAGCAGAAGAAGGAAAGAAUCGGAACAAAGUAUACAGGAGGAAACUGAAGUUAAUAGUAGCGUUGGUCGGACUCGUCGGGGAUCUGAGCAAAGUAUACAAGAAAGUGCGGAUGCAAAAAAAUCGACUAGAACAACUAGAAGGAGAAAGGAGUCUGAACAGAGCAUCCAAGAAGUUAAUGAAGAAAAACCAGUACGAACGACUAGAAGGCGAAAAGAAUCUGAACAGAGUACUCAAGAUGAAUCAGAAGUCAAGACUAAAAGAAGUACUAGAAGCCGAAAGGACUCAGAACAAAGCGUACAAGAAACUGAGAAAGUUCAAAAUUCAACAGAAGUAAGAAAAAGAAAAGAUUCCGAACAGGAAAUACAAGAAGAAGAUGAAAUAAAUGUUGAUACUGAUAGUGAUACUGCACCAGUUUUGAAAAAGGCUAAAAAGUCGGAAACAAAAGCAGAGCCAUGGCAAAAUUCAAAGUCGAAAGUAAAAGGCCAAAAGAGCCCACCUACGCGUAAAAGAGGUAGAAGUAGUUCCAUUGAAUCGACAGGAAGUGUCAGAAAAUCAGCCCGGAAUGCCAGAAAAAAUAAAGCUCAAGAGUUAGAUGAAAUCAUAGAAAUUGAUAAUGAGUCAGAUACAGAUGCGGUGCAAAAAGAAAAUGUUUCCGAUAAUGAAGAUGUAUUGCCCAAAAGAAAACGUACAAAAAGAUCUAGUUCAAUUUCUAGUAAAGAAUCAACGCCAGCAUCGCAUUUUAAAACACCUUCAAAUAAAAGUAGCCCAGAAAGUACACGAUCUACAAAAGAUUCACCAAAUCAAGAUAAAUUAACUACUCCCAAAAAUCUAAAUAUAGAGUCUUCAGAAUCUGAAGAAAUCGAUAUUUUAAAAUCUACCGAUGAAGAAACAAAAGGUGAUGAUUCUUUGGAAACUGAAACCAAAGAUGAAGAUGUUUUUGAACCUAAAGUUAACGAUGACACAAAAUCAAAUAAAGAUGAAGAAGAACAGAUUACAAAGGAAGCUGACGUUUCACUAGAGACAAACUCAAAGACUCCAGAUGAUGAUGCCCCUGCAGAAAAUGAGGAUGAAAAAAGCGACGAUGAGGUAGUUCCAGGUACUCCAAUAAAAAACAGUACAAAAUCAAAUGUCCAAGAAAGUCCAAAAUCAAUUGCAGAAGAAAAGGCUAAAUCCGAAGACCGAGAAAACACGGAAAAUAUUAACAAUGAAAAUGAUGCAACUGCAGAAGAUAAAGAUGACAGCGAAGAAAAGCCUUCAUCUAGUAGACGAUCAUCUGCAAGCUCUACUAGAUCACGAAAGACGAAAUCAUUAGGAAAACAAAAAUCAAAGAAAGGAGGAAAGAAGUCUACAAAUGACAUAAUAGUCUAUGAUACUUCUGAUACUGAAGAACCUAAAGAUUUGGAAAAAAUAGUAGAAUCGUAUACGUGCACUAUAUGUGACAAAGUAUAUGAAAACAAAUUCAUUGGUCUUCAACAUGAACUUACGCACAUGAAAACCUUGGAAAUAAAGUUACCAAGAGUUGAAGUUGAAGUAUCAAAAACUGAUAAAUCCAAUAACGAAUCAAAUACAAAAUCAGAUAGCAGUGCAAAAAUAGAUGCUUCUCCUUCGAAAAAAGAUGUCGAUGAUAAUGAAGAGAAAAUGGAAUCCGAAAAUGAAGAUGAAAAAGCCGAAAAUGAAAAUGAAGAAGUCGAAAAUGAGAAGAAUGAAGCCGAGAAUGAAAAGGAAGAAGCCGACAAUGACAAAGAAGAAGCCGAGAAUGAAAAGGAAGACGCCGACAAUGACAAAGAAGAAGCCGAAAAUAUAAAUGAGAACGAAGAAGAAAAAACGAAUGAUGAUGAGGCUAUAGAUGAUGAAGAACCAAACGUUAAAGAGAGCGAUGAAACAUCCAAUGCUGGUGCAGAGGGCGUUGAAAAGGAAGAAUCCAAAAGAACGGAUGAAUCUGAAAAGAUUGCAGUGAGUGAUAAAGAAGAUGAGCAAACGGUUGAAAAAGAUACUCUUAGUGAAAAGUCUGAAACUGAACAAAAUGAUGACGUUGAAGAAGAGAAUGACGAUGACGUGAGUAACAAACGAUCUCCAAGAAGAUCAACUAGAAACACUGAAGGCAACUCGGAUAGAAAAUCUAGAGGACGAAGAAAAACCACGAAUGAAACUGCCGAAACCGAAGAACAAUCGCUUACAGCAGUGAUAUCCGAUGACGACAAAAUUGCAGAGGCUGUCAAAGAAACUUUAAACGAUAUAGCGGAACUGCAAGGAAAAAUACAAGCUGCUUCCGCAGAAGAAGCAUCAGAAUCAAAUCAACCAGAUCAAUCUACAAUAGAAGCAGUUCAGGAAAAAGAAGAACAAAAUGAAAAUAACAUGGAAGUUGUGGAAUCCGUGGAAAUCAGUCCUCAUCAAAAUGAUGACGAUGACGAAGUCACAGAAAUAUCUGAGGAUAAAGACAAUGACGCUAUGGAAGUCGAUGAAGUACAAAAUGAAACACCAAAAUCUGAUGAGGAAGUCAUGGAAUGUGAUUCCGUCCAGGAUAAUAACGAGGAAGCCGUAAAUGGAAAAGAAACAACUCCUGUAGUGGACAUAGACGCUGAAUCUCCGAGAGAAGUAGUGGACGUGGAACAGGAAGCUGCAAAACAAGUUGAAGAAUCUGAAGUUGAAAUAACAGAGGUCGACGAAGCAGAGGCUGAAACGAUUGAACCUGUGGACGAAGUUGUUUGCGAGCAAGUAGACUUAACAGAAAAUGACGAGUGCGAAGUACCAAGGCCCGACGACGAUAUUGAAAUCGAAGAAGUUGUGGAGCCCGAUAACGUCCAAGAAGAUGAAAAUACCGUAGAUUCAGUGACUGAAAUCAACAUAAUUGCCGAGGGGGAACCUUGCGUGGAAAAUAAUGCAGGAAAUACAGGUAAAGAACGAAAUGAGGCAAUCAACGAAAAUAACGACGAUGAAGAUAAUACUACCGAAGACGAAGCUCUGGCACAACAAAGUUUAGAAGAACUAUUGCAACGUAAGGGUCUUCAAAUCAUUGACGAGUUUGCAGAGUCAGUGACUGAUGGUGAUGAAGAAAGUGAAAAAGAAGCAAAUCUUGGUUCGGAAAAAGAAAAUUGUCCAGAUAAAGACGCAGACGUCGACAAUGAAUUAGAAAUCAAAAUAUCCGAUGCAGAGUGUACAGAAAUCCUGGGUAUCCACAACCGAUCAAUCAACAAGCAGAAAGACGUUGAAGUUAGUAUAGCCGGUGAAAAUCAAAUCAUCCAAGACGUCGAUGUGGUCGAGGAAGUGAUACACGACAGUGAUGUGGUGCAAGAAGUUGAAGUGGAAAGCAACGGUAAUUGUUUAGACGUAGCUAAUAAUGUUGUAGGCCAAGUGACGACAAACGCCUUUAAUACGGGAACUGUGGACACUCAAAAACGUUCGGAUUUACAAACGGAACCUAUUUCCGAUGACGAGACGGUCUUUGUGUCGGAAACCUUCGGAAAUAUUUCGAAAGAAAUUCGCAACAAUCCAGAUAUGCCUUCGCUCGAUCCCAUUGACGAGGGCAUUGAUGAUGAAUAAUUGUUUUAUUUUUAAGAAUCUAGUCCACCCAGUCGUAUCAUUUUAAUGUAAAUCCAACGUUUUUUUUUAUUUCGAUCUUUGUUCCACAUUUUUUUUUUUAUUUUUUAGUUUAUGUUAUACGUUUUACACCAAUUUUCUACCCGUAAUUUAAUUCCAAUCAUAUAUCAUAUACACAUUAAGUUAUCCCUCAUCACAAUCAUGACAUCCUUUUAUUUCAUUUUGAUCAUCGAGCUGGGCAAUGUGUCCAAAGUGUUUUAUCAUUAUAAAUUAUUUACUUUUUGAUCUUUUUAAUAACUUUAAUGAACUGAAAUUCGGUAAUGUUUUAUACCGAUAAUAUGAUUCUAUUGCUAGGAAAUUUUACCCUUGUCGUUAAUUUAUAUUUCAAAAAUCAAUCUAAUGUAAUUAAAGUAAUUGAAGCAUCUUUUAAUUCUAAAUAUUCUUGUAAAAAAUUCUUUAUAAACUUAUGGUAGUUGUGCUUCAAUUAUAAUUGUAAAUAAAACAAAUGAAUUAUUAAAUAUACAUGCAACAUAGAUACUUAAAGUAACAAAAAUUAUUUGUAUGAAAAAAUAUAGUUGAAAUGCGUUGAACUCCGUACCCAACGGAUUAUAGGAUAGAGAUAAUGCAUCAAUUUAAUGUGCACCUUCAUUUGAGAAACGCAUAUAGGUUAAUCACGACUGCUUGUUUUGUAAAUAUUAAUGGUUUGUGUAUUAGGCCCGUAAAAAACAUAAAAUUUUAUCAUUGUGAAGAAGAGUUCAAAAUUAAAUAGUAUAAAAAAAAGUUAUCUAUUGUUUGAGUAUACAUAACGUGAAGAUAUGAAUCGUACAAUUAUGUGAUUUUUACAGUUAAACUAGAAGUAUAAGUUUUGUAUUGUAUGAAAACAAAUUUGUUUCUAGAUAUAUUAGAUUUUUAUUAGUAAAAUAUUGGUCAAACAUUGGCCUUAUAAUUAUAAACUGAAUAAACUUGAGUAAAGCAUUACGAUUAUACGCAACUAAUGCCAAAAUCUCAGCAUAAACUUACAACAUGAUUGAAAACCAAUAAAUAAAAUAAAAACAUUAAACUUUAUUGUUUGAACCAAAAUAUUCUGUAAAAUUUGCUUGAAAAGGCAAAAAAUAUUUGAUCAUGAAAAUUGUAGAAUGAUUCUCGUCCCGACUGUCCAAUAUUUUUCUAAUAAAAAGCAAUUUUGGAAAAUGCAA